AUGUCUGAUAGUGACGGUGGCGACGAUUACAAUGGUUCGGAUUCGGAAGACUAUGAUGCAAAGACCAAGAAAAAGGCUCCAGCCAAAGCUAAAGCAUCUACGACUACUACCGCCAAGGGAUCUACCAAGCCCAAGGCAUCAACAGCAACAUCAUCAAAAGCUGCGCGCAAACCAAAAGCAACUUCUGCAGCUACGAAGAAAGCUUCUCCGAUACGAGAUGAUGCAUCCAAUCCGCCAUCACCUGCUGCUGGUCCCAGCAAGACUGCCAAGAAACCAUCAGCCUCCAAGACUGUAGAAGAAAUCUAUCAGAAAAAGACUCAAUUGGAACACAUCUUGCUACGUCCAGAUUCAUAUAUCGGAUCUAUAGAGAAGGCUCAGCAACAGAUGUGGGUGUUUGAAGAAGGGGGGAUGGUACUUCGCAAUGUCACAUAUGUACCUGGUUUCUACAAGAUCUUUGAUGAAAUCUUGGUCAAUGCUGCCGACAACAAGACUCGUGAUGCUUCAAUGGACAUUCUUAAAGUCACCAUUGACCGUGAAACGAACCAGAUCUCAGUUUAUAAUACUGGUCGUGGUAUCCCUAUCGAGAUGCAUAACAAGGAGAAAAUCUAUGUACCUGAGUUGAUUUUUGGGCAUCUUCUCACAUCGUCUAAUUAUGAUGACAAUGAAAAGAAGACAACUGGUGGUCGAAACGGUUAUGGAGCCAAGCUAUGUAACAUCUUCAGUACAGAGUUUAUUGUAGAGACUGCAGACUCGAUAUCUGGCAAAAAGUAUAAACAGGUCUUCAACGAUAAUAUGGGCCGAAAAUCCGAGCCAAUGAUCUCGUCAAAUAGUAAAGGUGAAAACUAUACUAGAAUCACGUUUACACCUGAUCUGGCCAAGUUUCACAUGACGGAAAUUGACGAUGAUCAUGAAGCUCUCCUGACUCGCCGUGUAUAUGAUGUCGCCGGUGUGGUAAAAGGUGUAAAAGUAUGGCUCAACGAAAAGAGGGUUCCCGUAAAAGGAUUCCAGCAAUAUAUUGAUCUCUUCACAGCUUCUGGAGAAAUCAAUGCUAGCAAUGCACCCAUUAUAUUCGAAACUGCCAACGAACGAUGGGAGGUUGGAGCAACGGUCAGCGAUGGCCAGUUCCAUCAAGUCAGUUUCGUAAACUCUAUCGCUACAACCAAAGGUGGCACUCAUGUAGCUCAUGUAGCGGAUCAAUUGGUUACAGCUCUGAUUGCUGCUGUACAGAAAAAGGAUAAGAAGGCCGCACCUUUGAAAGCACACCAAAUCAAGAGUCACUUGUCGAUAUUUGUCAAUUGUCAGAUUGAGAAUCCAACAUUUGACUCACAGACAAAGGAGCACAUGACCUUGCGUGCAAGUGCAUUUGGAUCAAAAUGCACUCUCAGUGAAGACUUUAUCAAAAAGGUUCUCAAAUCCGGUGCUGUUGAAUCCAUUAUGAGCCAAGCCAAGGCCAAGCAAGACCAACUCUUGAAAAAGACUGAUGGUCAGAAAUCCACGCGUAUCUCUGGUAUCACCAAACUAGAUGAUGCCAAUAAUGCUGGAACUCGUAGUGCAGCACAAUGUACUCUCAUCUUGACUGAAGGAGAUUCAGCAAAGGCAUUGGCCGUAUCUGGUCUUGCUGUUGUUGGUCGUGACAAUUAUGGAGUAUUUCCACUUCGAGGCAAACUGCUCAAUGUACGAGAAGCCAGUCAUUCUCAGAUAAUGGGCAACGUAGAAAUCUCUGCCAUCAAGAAAAUUCUCGGAUUGCAGCAAGGAAAAGUUUAUCAGAAUGUUGAUAGUUUGCGAUAUGGUCAUUUGAUGAUUAUGACUGAUCAGGAUCACGAUGGAUCGCAUAUCAAAGGCUUGAUCAUCAACUUCCUCGAUCAUUUCUGGCCUAGUUUGUUGAAGGUUCCACAGUUCUUGGUAGAGUUCAUCACUCCCAUUGUCAAGGUUACGAAAGGGAAAGACCGUAACAAGCGAGAAGUCACCUUCUUCACCAUUCCCGAGUAUGAACAAUGGAAGGAAGAAAAUGAAGAGGGGAAAGGGUGGACUAUCAAAUACUACAAAGGUUUGGGUACCAGUACAUCAGAAGAUGCUAAAAAGUACUUUGGUGCCAUGAAUCGUCAUCUCAAGCCUUUCCGUAUUGCUUCUAAUGAAGACCGAGAGCUGGUAGACAUGGCAUUCAACAAGAAGAAGGCUGAUGACCGUAAAGAUUGGCUACGUCAAUUCCAGCCUGGUACAUAUAUGGAUCACAGCAUAAACGAAAUACCCAUUUCCGAUUUUAUCAACAAGGAGUUGAUUCUUUUCUCCAUGGCUGAUAAUACUCGAUCUAUUCCCAGUGUUGUCGAUGGUCUCAAGCCUGGACAUAGAAAGAUCAUGUUUGCGUGCUUCAAGAGAAAUCUCAGAGCGGACAUCAAGGUUGCCCAACUUGCUGGUUAUGUUGCUGAACAUUCUGCUUAUCAUCAUGGUGAACAGUCCUUGUGUUCUACAAUUGUUGGUCUGGCACAAAACUUUGUCGGAAGCAACAAUUUAAACUUGCUUGUACCUGAGGGACAAUUCGGUACUCGUCUUCAAGGUGGUAAAGAUGCUGCCAGUCCUCGUUAUAUCUUCACUCUGUUGGCUCCUCUUGCUCGCACAGUCUUCCAUCCUCAAGACGAUGCUUUGCUCAAAUACUUGCAAGAUGAUGGUCAAAAAAUCGAACCUGAAUGGUACAUGCCAGUUCUUCCAUUGCUCUUGAUCAAUGGUGCUGAAGGUAUUGGCACUGGAUGGAGUACUGCUAUUCCCAACUACAAUCCUCGUGACGUAGUCGACAACUUGAUUCGCAUGAUCAAUGGCGCAGCUCCAGUGAAGAUGCAUCCGUGGUACCGUGGCUUCAAUGCGAGUACUGUUGGUACCAUUGAAGCUCUGGACAAGGGUAAAUACAAAGUCACCGGUAUUAUCAGAAAGCUAUCAGAUACAACUGUAGAGAUUACCGAAUUGCCAAUCAAGUCAUGGACCCAAUCAUACAAAGAACUGCUAGAAGAAUGGUUGGUUGGGUCUGACAAGGUUCAACCAUGGAUCAGGGAUUACAAGGAGUAUCAUACCGAUUCUCGUGUACAUUUCGAAAUUACGGUAACUCCUGAAGUUAUGGCUGCUGCCGAAGCUGAGGGUUUGGAAAAACGUUUCAAGAUGACGGCUAGUCUUACAACGACCAAUAUGGUCUGUUUUGACGCCGAAGGUCGUAUCCGUAAAUACGAAAGUGUUGACGAGAUUCUGGCUGAGUUUUACGAAAUGCGUUUACGAUACUACGUCAAACGCAAAGACUAUGUAUUGGGACAAUUGACCGAAGACUGGAAACGACUUGACAAUCGUGUACGAUUCGUUAAGGAGAUUGUAUCUGGAAGCCUAGUCGUGCAAAACAGAAAGAAAGCAGAAAUCAUUGCAGACUUGCGAACUCGUAAAUACGAUCCAGUAUACAAGAAGAAGGAUGAUCAAGCAUCUGCUGAAGAGGAGCAAGGAGACGCUAGUGACAGAGAACAUGGAUACGAUUACUUGCUCAGUAUGCCGAUCUACAACUUGACUUUGGAAAAGAUCCAACAACUCGAACGAGAAAAGGCAGAGAAGCAACAAGAGCUCGAAAUCUUGGAAGGCAAAUCACCCACAGAUUUAUGGCUUACAGACUUGGAUGCCUUCACUGCUCAAUGGCAGGCCUUUGAAGCUGAAAUGGAAGAGAUUGAAUCACAGCAGCCUGCUAUGAAGAAAGGAUCCAAGCUUGCCAUCAAGAAGACCAAACCAAAGAAGAAGGCUGCUGAUAGUGAUGAUGAUGAUGAUAUUGAGGAUGCUAUGGAUCUAGAUGACGAAGAUGAUGUAUUUGAAGUGAAGAAGCCUGCUCCAAAGAAACCUGCUGCUUCCAAAGCCAAACCAGUGAUUGCUCCGGCGGCUGAACCUGUGAAAGCACCAGUCAAACCACCAACCAAACGUACAGUCAAGAGAGUUGUUGCAGCACCUGCUCUUAAGGAUGCCAUGGAUGUAGACGACGAUGAAGUCACUAAUUCACCCAAACCAAAGAAGUCUGCUCUUCCAACCAUGACGGCUGUACCAAAGUCACCAAAAGUUGAACCGACAGGGAAUGCCUUGAGUGAUCGUUUGAAUAAGCUUUUAGCUUCGAAGAGGGCAGUCCCAUCUAUGCCGAGUGCACCAGCAUCGCCUUCUAGUCUAGCAGGAUCGUCAGCCUUCAAGAGUCACUCUAGUAGUAGCAGUAGUUUGGCACGAUCUCCCUCAAAGAUUCUAGCAUCCAAAUCCAAAAUGCCUGUACCUAUAUCACCUGUCAAGUCUCCAUUGGCCCCAAAGAAAACUUUGCCAUUGCCAUCCACAACAACAACAACGAAAGCACCCGCCAGACCAGCAGCAAAGGCUCCCGCUGCUGCGAAGAAGGCAGCCCCAGCCCCAAAACCAGCUGCAGCACCAAAGGCUAAUAAGUACUCUAAAGCUAAAGGAAAAGAAUCAGAAGAAGAAAGUGAGGAAGAAAGUGAAGAAGUUUCAGAAGAAGAAAUAGAAGAUAGUGACGAGCAAGACGUCAAAUCUAUUAAGAAACCAACAGCUCCAAAGAAAACCAUCAAGGCAGCUGUCAAAGAAGCAGUAGAAGAAAGUGACGAAGAAGACAACAAACCUGUAAAGAAAUUAACAGACGCAGGAGCAGCAAAGAAAAACGCACCCGGUCAACUUACUGUUGUAUCAGAUGAUGACGAUUUUAUGAUGGGGAGGGAAGUCUCGAAGAAAAAGGCACCCGGUAAACGUACUGUUGUAUCAGAUGACGAUGAAGAUUUUGUGACGGAGAAGGAAACAUCAAGGAAAAAGGCACCUGGUAAACCUACCGUUGUAUUAGAUAAAGAUGACGAUGUUGUCGAAAAGGAAGCCUCGCCACCAUCAUCACGUCCAGUCGGAGGUCUAGUAGGACUUGUACCAGUAGCACCCACCGCUGAAGUCUCACGACCUGGUCGUGCGGUUCGCGCUGCCGCUAUCAAGAAGUCUGUUUAUGUGGAGGCCUCUGAUGAAGACGAGAACGGUGUUAUAAGUAAUGAUGGCGAGGCGGAUGCUAGCUUCCAAAUGGAAUUUGACGAUUGA